AUGGCGACCAAUUCUCGAAGAAGAUUUCAACAAGAAGCGGAUAACAAUAUUUGGCUUCCUACUGCAGCGAAUCUUCGACCAAUACCAGCAGAACUAAAUGCUCGAGGCCAAUAUGCAAAUAAUCCAUAUGAUUGUAUGACGUUAAAUUGCCUCUGCCCACAUUUUUUUGUAAGGAACUUUCUAUCGGAAAAUGGCAGAAUGGGAUCAGAACGCCAAUGUGUAUUACCAAAUGGACAACCUUUGACGAUGGGGCUUAGAAAAGAAUAUAGGAUGUUGACAGAAAAUGAACUUAACCGUUGGCACAAUGCACUUGCUCAGCUUAAGCUUAGCGGUGAAUAUGAUCGACUUGGAUUCGAGCACCAGGGAGUUGGAACUGGUAGUGGAGCACACUCGGGGCCUGGCUUUUUACCUUGGCAUCGGGAAUAUCUGAAAAGAUUUGAAAUUGCGCUUCGAUUAAUAGAUCCUUCAAUAGCAAUACCAUAUUGGGAUUCAGCAAUGGAUAAUUACUUGUUUGAUCCAAGAGAUUCGAUUAUAUUCAGUCCAAUAUUUGCAGGUGAAGUGGAUGUAUGGGGCAAUGUUAUUAAUGGUCCAUUUGCUUUUUGGAGGACGCUUGAUGGAAGAAAUUCAAUUUUGAGAAAUAUGGGUCAAGAAGGUGCUCUCUAUAGUGAAUUUAGCAUUGGACAAGUAAUGCAACAAACAAAUCUUGAAUAUGUCAUGGCAUAUACAGCACCACUGCUAGGUUGUCCAUACCCAGUAAAUUUUGGUGCAUUAGAAUAUUCUCAUUCUAACGUUCACCUCUGGGUUGGUGGACACAUGCGAGAGGCAGCAACAUCAACCAAUGAUCCUCUUUUCUAUAUGCAUCAUUCUUUCGUUGAUUUUAUUUGGGAACUUUGGCGACAGAUGAGGCAACCAAGAUGGGUUCGCGAAUCAGCAUAUACACCUGAUUUACCGCAAUGCGCUGAUCCACAACACUUCAGUUAUGCAGUUAUGAGACCAUAUUUCAAUCUAAUCAAUCGUGAUGGCCUCUCUAAUUUAUAUACGGAUCAACUAUAUCGUUAUGCUGCUAGACCUGGAUGUUCAAGAGAAAUACCGACAUGUGGAUCGCAAUAUUUAUUUUGCGAUACGCGUGGUAGCCCACAUUGUGUGUCAAAAAUUAAGUUCGGAGGUAUUUGUACCGGUUUCGAAGGUUUCGAUGCGUGUUAUAAUGGGAACUGUAUAAUGGAACGUUGCGUUCCUGGACCAACACCUGCACCAUUUGUACUGACCACUCAACCUUUGUCAACAACACAAAGGCGAAGCCAAAGUAUGCGCAGUAAUAGAACUUUUGCUGGUUGUUUUAAUCGUAGUCCAUGUUGUGAACAAUGGAGUCGCAAAGGAGCAUGUCGUAGGAAUAGAAAUUAUAUGAGACAAUUUUGUAGAGCAGCAUGUGGAAUUUGUCGCCCAACCUACAAUAUCAAUGAUGAAUGUGCUGAUCGGCAUUCAUCUUGUCGCAAGUGGGGACUCGAAGGUCAGUGUCAAGGUAAUUCUGGACAUUUUAUGGAGGAAAAUUGUCGAACAACAUGCAACUUAUGCCGUAUUGCUAAAAAUACCUCAUGCUCAUCAUUUUAA